AUGCAGCUCAUGAGUGUGGACGGGUUGACUAGGGAGAAUGUCGCCAGUCAUUUGCAGAAGUACCGGCUCUACCUCAAGCGGAUGCAGGGGUUGUCCUCCGGUAGCGGGGGAGGGGGUGGCGGGGGAUUGAGUGAUGCCGCUACCGACCAUUUGUUCGCGAGUUCCCCUGUGCCGACGCAUCCCGGGAGGCCGCCUAUUUACGACCAUUUCAUGUUGUUUGUUCCCGUCAGCGCCCUUCAGCAUCAGCAUCACCAGCAGGCAGCAGCAGAUGGCGGUGGCUGCCGCAACUCAUCCGCAGCUGCAGGUGGGCAAUUCGAUCAUCCCUUACUUGCUAGGCCGGCGGCGCAGCAGCAAGCUGUGCUUAGAAUGGGACCGCCGGUGCACAAUGCGGCGGUUCCAGGGUAUGUGGAGGAUUUGGAAUCGGCAAAUGGAAAUGGUGGAAGGAAAGUUCUGGCUCUGUUUCCUACUGGAGAUGAUUGA